UUGGCUCUUUUAGUCUUUUUGCCUUUUCUAAGUUUAUUAUCGUGUUCUUUUUAGAUCAAGUUUAGUAUAAAUAAAUUGAGAUUCCUUUUGCACAGCCAGUACAGUCUUAACUUCGACCGAAAUGCAUUCGGAGUGAAUAUUGGACUUUUAUAUCACCAGUGCAGUGUUUUAGUGACAAAAAUGCAUAAAAGAAAUGUGUGUGUUGCCCUGUUAGUGAUACUGUGUUAUGUGCAUUCGACCAAAGGACUUAUUGAUAAUGGCAGUCAGCCUAAUGAUAUAACUCCAACUGUGGAAACCAAAAAUUCGUCAAGCGAACGAACAGGCAGGCUGUUACAUAAGGAAUGUACUAAUAUUCUGAGCUCGAAAUGCUUGAAAGUUCACGUGCUGUCCUUUUUAGAAGACUUGAGCUCUCGCGAUGAGCUCGGCCUUCUGCCAGGACUAAGUAUCAUUAAAGAGAACCAGACGUCAACUAAUCCAAGUCCAGAAGAAAUGGCUGCCGAGUUGUCGAGACAAUUCCCUGGAAAGCCUGAAGAAAAAUUGAAUAGAUAUCUUUUGUAUCGUUUGCAGGAUUAUUUAGAUGGUCAUUCUUUGAGAUACAAGCUGUUGGAUCCUCAAACUACGAAGGAAGCUCUCAAUAUGGCUAAGGGUGAAAGGGAGUCUGUGGGGAGAAAAUCAGGAGGCGGUGGGGGAGGUUUCGGAGGAGGAAAAGGAGGCGGCGGUGCCCUCCUUGCUGCUGCUAUGAUGAUGAAAGGCGCACUAGCAGCUGCUGCCCUGGGUGCGUUGGCUUUACUAGCUGGAAAGGCGUUGAUGACUGCAUUGAUGUCACUAUUACUGUCUGCACUGGUCGGUCUGAAAGGAGGCGGAGGACAUAAGUCGACAACAUACGAGAUCAUCACCAAGCCAGAAGUGUCUCAUCAUCAUUCCCACAGUCAUGAGGAACAUCAUGAACACGAGCAUGGACAUCACGGCGGUUAUAGAAGAGCGUAUGAUAUGGGUUAUAAUAGCUACAUGCCGUAUGACACCACUACUAGUUAA